AUGGGGGGAUUAACAACCACCUUUCAAGGGAAGAGAGGGAUCAGACAGGGUGACCCUAUGUCACCCUAUCUAUUUAUGAUUGCCAUGGAGUAUCUGCAAAGGGAACUCAACACUGUUGCUUCAAAUCCAAGGUUUAAAUUUAAUCCUAGGUGUAAAAAGCUAGGAGUGAUGCAUAUUUGCUUUGCAGAUGACCUCUUGAUGUUCUGUAAAGCUGAUAUACCUUCCAUUCAACUACUGCAAAGUGCUUUUCUCAGAUUUUCAACAGCCUCUGGAUUGCAGUCCAAUAUUGACAAGAGUUCUAUAUACAUGUCAGGGGUGAAGGAUAAUCUCAGACACACCAUUCUCAACACUUUGGGUUUCUGUAAGGGAUCUCUCCCUUUCAAGUACCUAGGGAGAUUGCAGCUCAUAAAUUUUGUGAUCUUUGGAAUUCAAACCUAUUGGGACCAAAUAUUCCUACUGCCAAAGAGAAUAAUGAAGAUGAUUGACAGUGUUUGUAGAUCAUUCUUGUGGACUGGUGGAGCUGCAAUAUCAAAGAAGGCUUUCCUAUCUUGGGCAAAGAUAUGUCUUUCAAAAGUAGCAGGAGGGAAAAACAUUAUAAACCUGGGUGUUUGGAAUAAGGCUGCAGUGAUCAAGCAACUUUGGUCUAUUGCUGAGAAAAAAGACUAUUUAUGGAUCAAAUGGGGGACUCUUUUUGACAGACUUGCUUCAGUGGCUCACAAUGUUUCUAUCAAAAAGAUGUAUCUUUCUUUGACUCCAUCACUUCCCAAAGUGCCUUGGAAGUGCAUUACUAUGCAUCCAAGUGUGCAUCCUAGGUACAACUUCACUGUAUUGGUUGCACUAUAG